AGCAUAUGAUCUGGACUGGCAAUCUACGGUGGAAAGGGUGCUGACACCGUUGCCUUUUCCGCCAGUAGAGCGACAAUGAACCGGCCGCGGAGAGUCGGAACGGCGGCGGCGGCAUUAUAUAGACAUGUUUUUUUCUUGUGGUUUUCUGAGCGUUCUUCGGAUAUACUCCUUUUUGCAUUGUCGGCGUGGCGGGCCGACAGCUUUCGAUUCUCACUUAUUUUUUCCCGCUCUCGGCAUCGCCACCAUCACCACAUCCAGGGACAAGCAAAAGACAGGAAAUGAGAGCGGGGGCGGCGCCGUAACAGCAGCAGACAGGACAGACGGAUCGAUGGAAGCGGGAAGACGAAAACCAUCACCAUAGCAAUGGCGUUGCGUUGCGUGCUUCCAUUGUUGCUUUCCGUUUCCUCCCAACACGGUCCAGUUCCUUUUCUCUUCACCGUCGAUUAGCG